CACCUGAUCAAAGAUGGCGAGCGAUUUUGAAAAGUUGAGAGUUAUUGGUACUGGAACAUUUGGGCGUGCCUGGCUUGUGAAAUCCAAUAAAAACAAAAGGAAGUAUGUCAUUAAAGAGAUCCAAGUGUUAGGAUCGAGUGAGAAGGAGAGGGAGCAAAGUCUUACGGAGGUUGCGGCUCUAGGACGAUGUAAAAACAUCAACGUUAUUCGAUAUAAAAAUGCAUUCGUGCAAAACGGGAUGCUGAACAUCGUAAUGGAAUUCGCUGAUUCAGGUGAUCUUCAAGGGAGAAUAGAUAGGCAGAAUGGUGAACAUUUUGAGCAACAUGUUAUCCUGGAUUGGUUCAUACAGUUGUGCUUUGGACUUAGAUAUAUUCACUCAAUGAAGAUUUUACACAGAGAUCUAAAAACACAGAACAUAUUCCUGACUAGGCAUAAUAUUGUGAAAAUUGGAGAUUUUGGAAUCGCACGUAUAUUAAAAGAGACACAUGGCUGUGCCAAUACAACAAUAGGAACUCCGUAUUAUCUGAGCCCAGAGAUAUGCCAGAAACAGCCAUAUGAUAGUAAGAGUGAUAUGUGGGCCUUGGGUUGUGUUCUUUACCAGAUGACUUGCUUAAAACCACCGUUUGAUGCUCCAGGAUUUGGCCCUCUAGUGGUAAAAAUUAUGGAUGGCAGAUAUGCUCCUAUACCUCAACAUUAUGGAGCAAUACUAGAAGAUCUGAUCAAUGUUCUACUUAAACAAGAUCCUUUAAAACGGCCCUCUGCUGAAGAAAUUCUAUUUAUCCCAUCGCUACAGGCCACCAUUGAUACGUACAUCGCCAGGCAACGAGAGCUAUUCAAAAAGCGGAGCUCAGCGAGAGAUGGGAGCCCUGCAGUAGAGUCAUCUGGUGGUGAAAGUGAGAAAGAAAACUUUCAUCCACAACUGAAAAGACUGGAGAUACUACAGCUACAAAGGAGCCCAACUAGACCCAGAAAACUCUCACUUCAGACACCAAAGAAUGUGCCAGUGGUUGACAAGCGAGUGGUACAGUCAACAGAUGGAAAUAAACCGCUUCCCAAACCUAAAACAAAUGAGAAGGUGACAGGUCCACAGAUAAGCCUGUACAAAGAAGUGUUAUCAAGACAAAGAAAGCAGAACAUCCGAAUGAAAGAACUCAUGAAUGACAGACCAACUUCUGAUCAAACUGACUCAUCCAAUCCUGAAGACUCUGAUAGCACUGACCCUAAAAAGCCUCUAAAGUCAAAACGCAAAAACGUCUCUCAAGAACCAAAGGACUUCAGAAGAGAUAUUAUUGAAUCUGAUAAAUCUUGUGUUGAUUCAAAACAAAGGUCAAGUGAUUCUAAAGCAAAGAUUUUGUGUCCUUACAAAAUUGCAUUUGUUGAUUCUGAUCAUCAGUCAAGUGAGGAUGAGGCUAGAAAAUCUCAAAGUGAGGUUAAAACAUCUCAGAGUGAGGCUAGAAAAUCUCAAAGCGAGGAUAAUACAUCUCGGAGUGAGGCCAGAAAAGCUCAAAGUGAGGAUAGAAAUUCCCAAAGAAAAUGGCAAAGCCCAAAUAUUGAAAUAAACACCAAUGCAGGAAAAGUUGAUACUAAAUGUGGAGAAUAUACAGGGGAAGAAGUUGAUAAACUUGUUGGGAAAAGGAUGUCAAAAAUAGAAACCAACAAAAAAGGAGGGCUUGGAUACAAAAUCAAAAGAAAAAGCAUUGAAUCUAAAAGACCAGUGAAAUAUGGAUCCCCAUACCCCCUUUAUGAAGAUAAUCCAGACAGAAAGGAGUGUAAUGAAAAUGUAAAAGAUGAUAAGGGUAAAAGAAAGUAUAAAAGGAGUGAACAGGCAAUACACUAUGCUCUCAUGGUUGACGAUAGUGAUGCAAGUGGGUUUUCACCUAAUGUAGGGAGAAAUGUGAAACAGCAAAUUGUGAAACGUGAGCGUAUGAAGCAACAACAAAAUGUGAAUCAGCAAAAUUUGUUUCAGGAAAAUGAAAAUCAAGGAAUUAAAUUGUUUAAAAAUAUUGACAAGAAGGAGAAACAACCAAUCAGCAAACCCAAAAGAGCAUGGAUCCAAAAAUCACGGAAUCAGUCGAAACCUGAAGCUCUUUAUGAAAAUGUAGGUCAACAUGUGAAUCAAGAAAUGCGUGAUUGCAACCAGGCUCAAUUGGACAAUGAAAUCCAAGAAACACAUGUUGAUAAUGUUGAAAAACAAAAGUUUGAAUGUCAAAAUACAGAAAGUUUUGGCAAGUCCAAACAGAUCCCAUUUAAGAGACAAGAUUCAGAUAGUUUGUUCAAUAUCUCAAUUGUCAAAGGUCAUGGUUCAACAUACAAGGUUUUCAAGGAGCCUUCCAUGAAAGGGACCCCUUAUAAGGAGCUAGACAAUAUUCAGUCAGAUGUUGAUGUACCUUUAAAUAAAUGCCCACGUCCUAGUUGUGCACGGUGCACAAAAGAUAAAUAUAAAGUUCUGUCCCAAGCCAAUUCUGAAGUCAAAGAUCAAGUGGAGCUAUUGUCAUAUAAAUCCAUACCGACUACUCCAAAACAAGUACAUGAAUCUCAAACACAUAUCACUGAAUCUCUGAAACAACCCAUAGAAGUUCCAAAACAUCAAUUUGAACAUCUGAAACAACAUUCUGAUCCCUCAAAACAGCCUGUCAAGAAGCAUCCUAUUCAAUCUAAUGAUCGACCAAUUGAAUCAAGCAUGAGUGAAACUACAAAGGCUGCUAUUGCUUCACCACCAAAACUACAAAGAAAACAUUUUCUACAAGCAAGUCCUGGAUACAGUACUUCUGCCAUGCAGGUCGCAUAUGAUGAAGAUUCAAUCAAACUACACGAUAGAUAUGGACUUUGUGAGGGAACGGAAAUGAUCCAGAAACCAAUAUCAGCUAAGACUUUUACCACUAAAAAGUCUAAGUAUGUGGAUCAUGUACCAUUUUCUAUUGUUGACACAACUCCCAGGGAUGCCUCUAUAGCAACAGAUGUAACCACUGCAAAUGCUGUCAAAACUGCAAAUAUUGAUUCUUGUUGUUUGGUUAACCAGGAAAGAGUCGCUAUAGUUGUUACAGAAGCAGAAGAAAACAACCUGGCAAGCAAUUAUUCUAUUGCCACCUCUGCUUACACAAUGGCAACCAAUGAUGAUGUCAAAGCAACACGUAGUAAUGAACAAUCUGAUGCCAUGGCAACAGAAUGUCAUAGCAAUCAGACACCUGCUUCUCUAGAUUUACCACCUUUAGAGUCUGUGGAUGAUUUCAUGGCCCGUUUCCUUUCUAAGGAGAUUCCUAAAGAGCCAAACAAGCCAAGGGAAGACAUUUCCACAACCAUGACUGAUAAAAGCAAACUAAAUAUCGAUGAAAAAGAUGUGUUCACCAUGGUGAGUGACAUACCACAUCACAAAGUUUCCUUCUCUGAUGAUGAAAAUGUUGAUGGUUUUCUGAGUCGUUGCCUUGGUAACCAAGCUUCGGGAAAGGUAAUUCCUAGUGAGGUAUCUUCAAGAAGUGCUACUAAAGAUGAUGAUAGUGGUAUCCUUAGCAACAGCAACACAUCAGGUUCAUCAAGCAAUCAGUCCCAUGGCAACAAUAAUCAUAGCGACCAAAUCAAAAACCAUGAAAACCGAUCAGACAUGAACAUUUUAAAUGGACAUGAAGCAGCUUCAAAUAAAGGAAUGUCAAGCUCAACGCCAUCUAUCCCAGAGUUAUUAGAACGGCAGCCCAUUACAUUUAGAAAAUCAAGUGCAGAUAUACAAAAGUUGAAAUUUGGGAUCAAGAGAUCACUUGAAUUCGAAACAAAACCAUCUAAGCACAUAAGGAGGUCCUCCAGUCCUGCACUACCAUACGACCCAGAAUCAAACAUAAUAACAAAGAUGAAGAAAAUGACUCGCGGAUUUGGAAUCAGUAAUAUACAUUCAAGACGUCUGUCUACUGACUACAGAUAUGAAGUGAAAGCUGACAAUAAGGAAGCCAAAGACUACAAAGCCCUUUUUGGGGAUGCUUUAACGAAAAAAUAUCCCACCCCAAUAGUCGGCAAUCCAAGUUUUCCGAAAUCCCAAGAGGACGAGCAGAUUACGAAACUGCAAGAUCUUCAACAAAAAACGCAACAAGCUAAAAUGCUGUUGCAAACUAUGAAGCGCCAGACAUCGCUAUCAUCGCAAAAGUCUGAAAGCGAGCGGGAAAAACAAGAAAUUAAACUUAAACAGCAAGAAGAAAUAUUACUAAAUAUUGCUGAGAUUUUAUACGAGACUUCCAGCCCUAAUUUAACAGUGUCAGUUGCCAUGGAAACCAUCAAAAAUUGCUUAGAGACCAAUUUGGGCACAGCUCAGUACUUAGACUUGUACAGCGAUGUGAAAGUUGGAUUGGCGUUAAAUCAUCCAUUUUGUUACAUUAAAGCUGGAAUAGAUACAGAAGCUUUGCCAUAUUUUCCCCUAGUCCUUCAGCUUUUCAAAUUGGAGAAAAUGGAAUAG